AUACUACUUCGUCAUAACUUUGCACUUUGUACUUUGACCCUCUUGCCACUGAUUGUGGGUCAGAAUAUCCCAGAAAAGCAUGCUGGCUUUCAUACUGCAAAAUGUUACCGGAUUCAGUAGGACAUUCUGCGGAGCAGACCUGAAGGCAUCACCAGAGCUGGCGAAGACGUCGGGUACUGAUGACGCACUAAGCCGUCGACAGCCGUUGUCGAGUCGUGUGUUUGUUGACAUCAUGGAUUGAUCGCUAAUAACACAUGUAAUGAGUGUUAAAGGUUUUAAGGAGAUGGACUUCUACCGUAAACAGGUUCGGUCGGAUUGUGUGGAGCUGCUGAGCCGCUUCCAGAAAACUGAUUCCGUCCGCUUCGAGGUUUUCUCAAAUAUAUGGAGGGAAAUGAAGUUCUCACAUAUUUUCUACGGCACUUUGAACCGUGAGAAGCGAGCGUUCAGCCGUCUGAUCCUGGACACCGCCUACAGCUUCUUCCUGCCUCCGUUCAGCUUCCAGAUCAGAGUGGGAGGACUUUACCUGCUGUACUGCUUGUAUCAAUGUCAGACCGCCUCGCCCCCAGAGCAGAUCCGUCUGGCGCUGAAGGACUGGCUGGACCUGAGCAAGUUUGAGAAAGACGCUGUGGACGCUCAGCACCUCGACGCCGUUUAUAUCCUCCGACAGCUGAUGUUCCAGAAAGCUUUCAACUUCACCGCCAUGCCCACUGUGCUCGUCUACAAGAAGAAGAGGAAGGUGGAGAAAUCGGCACCGUGUGAGGAGUUCAUGGAGCGAGCGACUCGUCCGCAGGAGCUGAUCAACAUCGAGCUGCUGGAGGAAUUGUCCAACAUUCACGAGCUCUACGGGAACCUGAAGUCUUCUGUCUCUUUGACGUCGGAGCAAGCUGAUCCCUCCUUCAACCUGGUCCGGAAAGACCUCAUCCCUCAGCUGCGCAGCACUGUGAUGGAUUUCUACAAGUGGCAGCAAAGGAAGGAUGGGACUGAUGAAGAUGAAGACAGCGAUGAAGGAACAUCAUCUAAACAGGAGUGCUCCAAAAGAGCCGAGCUCAUCGCCUCCAUCAAGUCAAAGGCCUUCGGCGAGGCCGCAGAGGCCCCCAAGUCCCGGCGUCAUCGUCAGGUGGAGGUGAACCAAACGAAUUACGAGGCUGGACCCUCGCACUCGUCAGGUUACUCCAGAAGAAAUAAACCGUCACUCAAAACCAGAACCAAUGAGAAUUUGUAUAUCUCAGGUGACCUGUGGAAAGAAGUCACAACUGCCACUCAUAUCAGCCGUCUCACCACGCUGGACUUUGUUCGUAAAGACCCUCGCAUCGCACAAGGAAAAACUUCCUAAAAGAAAUCCCAAAAUUAAAGGGGAAAAAAUGGAAGACACCUCAGGGAGAGCAACUGAGGAGGGAUCCCUCUCCCAGGACGGACAGACGUGCAAUAGAUGUCGUGUGUACAGGAUAAACAACAUAGAGUUAUAGAGAUAAACAACAACACGUGAGGAAAUACAGUCCAGGUUAUUGUGUUGUUUUCUUUUUUCCUCCAUUUAGAAAAACCAAAAGAGUACAAGAAAUUCAAGUGGUGAUGACGACAACAUAGAAGUCACGUGACUGCAGCUGCUGAUUUUUAAGUUUGUUUUAAAAUGUUGAUAUUUGUUAUUGUACAUUUGUGUUGUUUAUGUUUUGUAUCAUAGAAAAUGUGAAUGUUAUUUCCAUUUUGAAAUGUUUUAAUAUUGUUUUGUCUGUAAUGUCUGAAACUAAAACAUAAAAACUUGUUUUUAAAGAAAAGAUAUUGUUCACAAAAUGUAAACAUGUUGACAAACUCAUCAGAGCCGAAGGAAUUCAGUUUCAGUUUGCAAUUUUACAGCCAUGAAGUUGACCCUGUACCUGCCUCUUUUAGUCCCUUUAGUCCCAGAGAUGUUGUCUUUUACAGUAAAGGCAGGUCAGGUUGUGUCAAUAUAGAGUUAGGUAAAUGACUAUAAACAUUUUCCUCAUAAUAAAGUUCAUCUCUCCGUUCAGCUUCUUCUGUUCUUUUUAAAUAUC